AUGGCUACCCUCACAGCUCAGGAGCUGACCGCUCUCUCCGCCAAGGCAAUUGACGCUAAGGCGACUGCUUACUGCCCAUAUUCUAAAUUCCGCGUUGGAGCAUGCAUCCUCACGACCUCAGGCGAGCUCAUCUCCGGCGCUAACGUCGAAAAUGCCGCCUAUCCAGUCGGAACCUGCGCUGAACGCGUCGCUAUUGGCACUGCCGUUGUAUGUUCUAUCUUUUCUUUCCCUGGUCGACUUUUGAUUGGUUUCUGUACAUAA